ACCUUCGAAGUUUGAGCUCCUUUCUCAAUAAAACAGAGCGGGAAAUCUUGGCGCCAAACGAGUCAAAAUGGCUUAUUCCCUAUUUAAACCUAACCCAACUUCCUCCCAUUCCUUAAUCAUCGCUCUCUCCACAAACCCUUUUCCCUUUCGCUUCACUCUUCCUCAUCGUUUCAUCACAAUGGCAACCCACAACGCCCCUGAAAUCAACGACCCACCAACCAAGCUUCCUAAGCUUCACCAAAAUGGCGUCCAUCAAUCUUCUCAGACCAACCCUUCAUUUUUCAGAGUCAAGAAGCUCUCUGAGAACGCUGUUACUCCAUCCAGAGGCUCUCCUCUCUCCGCUGGCUACGAUCUAUCGAGUGCGAAAGAUACGAAGGUUCCAGCAAGAGGAAAAGCUUUGGUACCAACAGAUCUGAGUAUUGCUGUACCAGAAGGAACCUAUGCAAGAAUCGCUCCUCGAUCUGGGUUGGCGUGGAAGCACUCCAUUGAUGUGGGAGCAGGGGUUAUAGAUGCCGAUUACAGGGGUCCAGUUGGGGUUAUACUCUUCAACUUUUCAGAUGUUGACUUUGAAGUCAAAGUUGGAGACAGGAUUGCUCAACUGAUAAUUGAGAAGAUAAUAACCCCAGAUGUAAUGGAGGUUGAAGAUUUAGAUGCCACCGUUAGAGGUAGCGGCGGGUUUGGGUCUACUGGCGUUUAGGGUAUUUAGGGUAUUUAGGAAAGUUCAGUUUGUAACUUUGUCAAACAGUUGGUGUUCUGGAAAUUCUGUCUUUUUAGUCAAGUAGAGUAUUAGUAGUAGAGCUAAGAAGGCUUAAAAGAGUUGUGAAAUACUGAAAUGUGAUUUGGUUUAUGGAUUUUCACUUGUAUUUAUCAGAAUCAAUCUAAUUUGAUGUGCUUUUAGAUCUUUUU